GCCCUAUUUUGCCGUUGGUAAAAAAUUAAGAGCGUAGAGUACUCAGACAUUGAUUGUUUGGCAUUUGGGGCCCCAUUAAGCCGGAAGACUAAGCUCGGUUCCCGUCGGCUCAUAAGGAAACGUGCAGUCCAAAGGCCUGCGCCCGCCAAACAGACAGCGAGCGUCCAGUUUGCGGCUUUGACGGACUGACGUACCCAAGCAGAUGUAUCUUCGAGAGGGCGCGCUGUCGCAACGCGAACGUCACGCUGGCCAAGAGAGGGCCCUGCAAGCGGCAGCGCGCCUGCGCGGAAUGGGGGACUUUCUUUAGCGCCAAUCAACAUCUCAACAACAGCUUCAUCCCAAACUGUCGUCCCGACGGUACCUAUGACUCGACGCAGUGCCACCCCUCAGCUGGGUUCUGCUGGUGCGUCACCCCUGAAGGGGUGCCCCUUCCUUACACAUCAUCGAAGAGGCGGAAUAGCGGAGAGGAGGGGGAACGACCGCCCAGAUGUGGGCGGCGUAAGAAGUCCGCUAAUCGGCGCUCGCCGGCCAGGAAACACAAGCCGCGCAUGUGCAAACGGCCGGACAAGUCCAUGCUGAAUAAUAAUCUUGUUAAUAGUUUCCAUUCCGAGUUUAUCAGAGAGGUGGGUCGCAAUGACUCCGACCAAGCAGUGAUAGCGUGGAAAUUCCAGUCGCUCGACAGCAACCGUGACGGCGUACUUGACAAGGACGAGUACCGGGACCUGCGGAAGAUCGUGAAGAAGGCUGCCAAGCCGAAACGGUGUGCCAGGCAGUUCCCGCGUUCCUGUGACGUAGACAGAGACGGAGUGGUGGGAGAAAGGGAGUGGGAGGACUGCCUUACCAGAGACGGGAUGGAUGUCUCUUUGCGUGUGUUCUUGUCGCUGACCGCAGACGGGCGAGGCGGAGGUGGAGGCGGAAAUGGACCUGGAAUACUCGACCAAUCUGCUGCAGGUGGAGGGGAUACAGGAGAGAUGGACAUGGACACCAGCGAAGACGAGUACCCGGAGCAGCUGUUCCGGGGCCAUCGGGCACCACCAGAUGGAGUGCUAACAGAAAUCAGUCAACCAGGUAGCCAAGAAGACGAAUCAUCAGAAAUAACCGAUGAUCCUCCUGACUGCUUAUCAGACAGGAAAACGGCCUUAGCAGAAGGCCUUAUGCAGCUUUAUGUUCCUGAGUGUACUCCAGAUGGGAGGUAUCAGAAGAUCCAAUGCUACAAGUCGGCAGGUUACUGUUGGUGUGUGAACGAGGACACAGGUAGAAAUAUAGCUGGCACAUCGGUUAAAAACGGUCUACCGAACUGCAAUCAGCUGAAGACCUCGAACAGGCCAAUGAAAGGUUGUCCAGAUGAUAAGAAAAUUAUAUUCCUGAAGGAGCUUCUCCAGUUCUUGCAUACCAAGAUGUCAGAAAUUGUAAAUAGUACAACCAGCUUCAACAAUCUAGCGUGGAUAGGCUCGAAGGAGGAACAAGCGGCCACCUGGAGCUUCGUGGUUUUCGACAAGAACAAAAACAAAAUGUUGGAGCGAAGCGAAUGGAAAAGCUUUAAGGACAUGGUGGGGACUGUGAAGAGUCUCAGGAAGUGCGGCAAAAAGUUGCCGAGGUACUGUGAUAGCAACAAAGAUAGACAAAUCAGUAUGACUGAGUGGUUGGAGUGUUUAAAUGUACAGCAAGGUGUGAUAUCUGUAACAUCUCCCCCAUCCUCUCGUGCAGGCAAGAAGAACCCUCUCAGUAUAUUAAAAGACGACUAGAAGAUUUUAGUGAAGUGCUAGACCUCAACGGAAUCGUCACUAGUACAGGAAUACUAUGAUAAAGUACAUGAAAAAGAGACAUACGUUUUCAUAGCACUAUUUAGACAAACGUAUUGAAAACAAUUAUCUUACGUUUAAAUUGAAAAAAGCAUAUAUCAUGGCUUCUAUAUAUAUACGACUGCUAUCAAAAUUGCUGCUCCUAUACUCAAUUUGAACGUAGGCGUCUGUUUUUAUAUAUUUUCUUAAUUUAAAUUGAUAUAAAAUAUUUAAUAUUACAUUCAACAUAUCAUUCCAGUGAAGGUAUUUCUAUGCCUAUUCAAGAAUGAUGGACAAUCUUCUUUAUUAUGACUAUACUAUUGACAAAACGUGUGUGGUCAAAGGACUGUGUUUCAUUUGCAACCUCAUCUUCGUUUUUUAUGUUUUCCUUGUGAUGUAGUUAACUCUGUACAGCUUAUAUUAUGUUUUGUUUUUUGUAUAUGUAUACAUGCCCGUAGCUUAUUUAUUUAUAGUAUAGAGAACGUAAAAAUGUAAUUAUUAAACGCACUUGCCUCCUUUACCGAAAAACUUAGAUCUCAGAAAGAAAUAUGUAAUAUACAGGAUGAGAAGUGUUGAA